AUGAGUGUGGCAGCUAAUGGGACCCCUACUCCUGGUCCUGCUGUUCCUCUUACUUCUGCUCCUCCUUCUGGUCGUGGUGAUAGUGAACCUGGAGCUGGGGAAGUUGGUGCUGCUGAAUGUCCUGGUGAUAAUUGUCGUACUUCUACAAGUGCAUCUCAUGGAAGUGGUGGUGGUAGUGGAGACACUCAUCACAGAGGGGAUACAGCACAAAGGCCUGGGACAAGCAAUAGUGUACAAGGCUCUCCGGGUUCUUCCGGCAACAGUGGACCUGCAGGUGCUGAUUCCCCAGGUAGAUUACCUGAAGCUGGUGUGGGGUCUGGUGCUGAAGUAGGAGCCAAUGGUUCUGCUCGAGAUCAAAAGACUCCAGACCAACACAGUGAAAAUGGUACUGGUCCUGUUCCUUCUGGUGAGAGUGUUGCUGCGUCUGCCAGUGCAGCUCCACCUGAAAGCAGCAGCAACAGUGACGCAGGUGGCAAUUCAACACAACCAGACGGUGAUGCAACACAACCGCCUUCAAACACUUCAGACAAAGAGAGUACGGAUGAUUCUGAAAAUACAAACACUGGGAGUGGCACUACAUCUGAAGGAAGUGAAUCAACAAGCAACCAAACUGAAGGAGUGUCAGGUAACACAGAUACAACAACAACAACAACAACACUUCCUCCUGAACUCACAAACAACAAGAAGGGUGAUGCAGACAGCAGCAGCAGUAUCAGCAGUUCUGUGUGGGUGCGUGUACCACUACUGAUUGUGGUUACACUGGCCUGUAUUCUUGUGUGCUGA